ACAAUUCUAAAAUGUCGCAGGAUGUAUAUGUCGUUGGUGGACACAUUAGCAGCACUGUUAAAGACAAAGGAAAUAUAUUUUCAGUUCCUUCCAACCAAUAUGCUGAGUUCAACAUGUUCUUGGAUCCUUUAGCAGCCAGGAUAGUGUUUGAAUCAGAAGUUAAUGUCACACUCAUUCCACUCAAUACCCAGCGCAAAUCAAGUUCGUUUUCAGCCUUUAUAGGCGAGUUGCGUAGGACACAAAGAACACCAGAGGCUGUGUUUUCCGAACGUCUGCUGUCACGGCUAUACCAUUUAAAGCAAUCUCAUAGCAUGUAUCAGCAUAUGGGCACGUUCUUGGGAGAAAUUCUAGGCGCAGUUGUCUUGGGUGAUAGCUAUUCAGGUCUUGAUCCAAAAUUUGAGGAGAAGCUCAUUAAAGUCUUGGCUGAUGGUAAUGAAUGGAGUGAUGGAAAAGUUGUGGUGGAUGAAAAAGAUGGAAAAUUAGUGAGAAUUUUAACGACUGUGGAUGCCAAAGCUUACUAUAAAUUGUAUGCAAACAAGCUUGGCCAUGAGGAACAGUCAGCUAAGAUAGGGAGUUUUGAGGAACAACGGAGAAGAUGGAGUCAUCCUCAGUUUAAAUUAGAGAUCAUUACUUCACUGUUUACUAAGUGAAAUUUAAACAUAACUUCAUCUCAAUAAUUAACGUGAAAACUUAAACAAAUUUCAAUCUAGUUUUUACAUCAAUUGUUUCUUGAUUGCUACCCUUCAACUUUGAGUAAUGAAGAAAAAAGAAAGAAAGGCGUCUUCAAAGAGUAA